AUGGGAGACUUUGGAUGCGGAGAUGGAGGAUGGACUCUGGCCAUGAAGAUUGACGGCACAAAGGUACAUUUCUUAAGCGUCACCCCAUGUUUGUGAUAUUGAUAUUAAUUUUCUAAUUUCCGUUUUCAGAAAACUUUUCACUACGAUUCUCACUUCUGGAGCGACAAAAAGCCAUACAACUUUGCCGGAGGAAGGACCGGGUUUGAUUCACAAGAGACCAAGUUGCCAACCUACUGGAACACAGCCUUCUCCAAGAUCUGCCUCGGUAUGAAGAUCGGCCACCAAUUACGGUUCGUUACUAUCAACAAGUACGCCAGUUCGUUGUACUCUCUGAUCGCUGACGGCCAAUACCGCGCCACCUCACUGGGUCGUAACAAGUGGAAGACGCUGAUUGGUUCACAGGCCUCCUUACAGACCAACUGUAACAAGGAAGGGUUUAACGCUAUCUGCGGCUGUAAACUAUGUUCUAAAGCAAGAAUUGGUAUCACCAGUAAUGAAAACAACGAUUGUCACACGUGUGACUCCAGGAUCGGGUUUGGCACUGGGGGAAUCCCCAAUAACAGCAGUACAUGUGGGAAUGAGGCUUCUUAUUCACCAGACAAUGGAGACAAGCACAUCAAGACUAUGGGUUACAUCUUGGUUCAGUAAUAAAAGCUAAUAAAGCACUGAACUUGUCAUAAGCGCUGCCCAUUAUCUAUGUAGAUUGCUAGUUGUUCAGAAGAUAAAAAUCCAUAAGGGCGCAUAAACCCAUUGAUUUUUUUUGUUGCGUGAUCACAAUAAACUGAUAAGAAAAGCUAACUGAAUUGAACUUGUCACUGUCAUUCAAAUGAAUAAGUGAUACUUAGUGUACAAGGAGUAAUGGACCGCGUUCUGACAGCGAAUGUGAAGUAAGGAUUAAAAGCGUUUCGUAAAUAAUAAAGUACAUUGCAUCAUUUCUCAUUUCUCAGAAUCGAAAAAGAAAAUUACAGGGUAAAUUUGCAUAAGAAAAAGGUUAAGACGGCGACAUGCUUGAUCUUCGAUUUAAAGGGCAACUUAAAAAUUGUGCUUUCAGAUUUUUGUAAGUCAGAGUAUUCGGUGCUUAGACAGCUAAUUCCAGUUCUCAAAGUUGGUCAAAUAACUAGCCUGCAUGCAAAUCUCUCCUAAUUCCGCUUUUACUUCGUGUACCGGACACAAACGACGUAAAACGAAAGACCUCUAUGUUUUCUCCGGUGCACGAAGUAAAUGCCCCUAUUUUCUUUGUUGCAGAAAUAGGAGGCGUAUGCGCGCUGGCUGCUACCAAAUGAAAAGGUUGUGUGGUACCACUUUCGACGCCUGCUACCUUAUUGGUACUUAAUUUCGCGAUUUUGGCGCGACAGUAUUUCGCGGGGUUUUAUUUUCGAGAUUUUAACAAGUAAACAUGAAAAAUGGGCAUUAAAUUUCGCGAUUUAAGCGUUCUCAACUCAUUUUCUUUUUGUAAAAAGUCUGAACCUUUAAGAAAAUCAGAUAAACUGGAACAAGCAAUGUGUGAAAUCUUUGCAAACUAACGUCAUUUCACAACAGACGAUAUAAAAUGGAGCUUACCAGUAAAACCAGAAAGCAAUUUGUGUUUGUCGAUACAUAUCGUUGUUAUUACAUGUCAAUUGUUAUUUGAAUUUCCUAUAUGCCUUUGGGUAUUAAAUUUCGCGAGGAUUUAUUUUCGAGGGUCAUUAAUUUCUCGAUUUUUCUGGAAUUUAGUAGAAUUAGAAUUAGAAUACCUAUAGCGAGACGACGUUUUCAUCAUGUUCCCGGUCUGUUCAGUCUCUUUAGUUUUAUUUUGGUCAACAAGGAAGUGGUAGCGUAGUGACAAUGGUAUUAAUUUUUCUGGCACUCUUUCCUCAGUAAUUUCAAUAUAUCACUUCUCUUAUAUUUUCUACUGUUUCUCAAGUGGCAAAGAUGUUAAAAACAUCCGAAUGCAAGCUUCAAGCAGUUUUCAGUUUUUCUUUCGGAGAGUAGUUGUUGAGCGAGGGAAACAACCAUGAAUGCUGAAAACUUCCACGUGCGAGUAGCAAAACGCGCGUGGAGAAGCUCGGUGUGAGUCCAUCUGCUUUUCCCACUCUCGUGGCGAUCUUUCCCUUUUCGCGUUUUACGUCGAAUUCGACCAAAUAUUUACCUACAUUCACUUCACACACGUGAACAACUGUCAUCGAGCAGGCCUCAGUUGUUCAAAAGGAUAACGCUAUCCACUGGAUAGCGCAAUUGGAUUUUCUAAUACUUAGCCGCUGGAUAGUGAUUUAAAGGGAAGAUAGCGCUACCAAACGUUUGAAACUGACUGAGCAAAGCUGCCAAAGGCCGGUAACUUUACAUUUCUUGAGUGCUGUGACCUAGAAAUGUUUACACAGAAAUCAGACAAGUUUACGAAUAAUUAGUAAAUUAGUCACGAAGCUCCAGCAAGAUAAUUUUCUCGUUUCACUAACAAUAACUUCAGAGCUGAUAUGAGUGGAAAUGAAAAGCAAGUUGAUUACCAAUAAUUCAGUACCAUCGAAUCCUCAAAGACACUCAGUCAAAGUAUUCAUUGAAGACGCUUAACGGGUUCAAGAUGCGCUGGCUGGUUUUUCUCGCACUUUCUGUUAUAAUAUCAUAUGCCGCGAAUGGCGCCAAACCGUCAAACUUACGCAAUAACCAAACACCUCUUCCAACAGACUGCACACAGCCUUCGCCGAAUGUGACUGAAGUCUGCGACAACGCCCUCAAGAAGAUGGAAACGAAGCUGGAAAAACUCAUCGCUAACAAGCUGGAAACAAAGCUGGAAAAAUUGCUCCAACAGAACUUGGAAACAAAGCUGGAAAAGCUCACUGCGACGUGCCAGGACGCCUUCAAGAGAGUGGAGUCGAAGCUGGAGAUAAUCAUUGCACAGUCUAACAAAACUUUAUUGUCAGGUACAGUGUCCUUCAUAGUAAUUUUUAGAAAGUUUGACAUAUCGGUGAAUUUUGCCUUUUAAUCUAACAAGGUUUUUUUUUCAGUCAUGUCCACUUCUUGCAAGGAACUGUACGAUGUACACAAGUAAGUUCAUUUCAGUCAAUGCUUAUUUUCCUGUAUUUUCAAAUUUGUGUGAUUCAUGUUUUCAUCCCACCUUUACCAGCCAUUCGAGCGUGUAGUAGAAAAAAUCGAAACAUCCUAACAAAAAAAACAGCGACGCACAGAGUAAAAAAAAUGUUCAUCUACAAAUAGAUGGCAGAACAUGAUGACAAAACGAUUAAAUAAUCCAAAUCAUUACACAUUUUGCAUCAAGAUUUCCAGUAAGAAAAAUCGAACUUUGCUCACAAAAAGUGAUAAUUCGAGUCGCAGACUAGACGUUAGUCCAAAUUAUAUUCCCAAAGCAUCGAUACACCUGAACGCCUUGGUUUUGAUAUUUGACUACGUUUUCAAUAUUUGACAGAAUUCGAAAUUAGACCACGACUUCUAGUCACGUUCUAUGAAUGACAGGAUUGCUUUGCUUGACGUUGAUUCGCAAAGAGUAAGAACACAUAUUUUAGGCUGUCAAAUUAUCUCUUCUCCAACAGGUUUACGACAAGUCGAGUGUAUACACUGAAGUUUGGUUCACGAACGAUUCCUGUUUACUGUCGCAUGGGAGACUUUGGAUGCGGAGAUGGAGGAUGGACGCUGGCCAUGAAGAUUGACGGCACAAAGGUACACGUCUUACAAGCACGUCAUUCCAUGUUUGUGAUAUGGAUAUCAAUUUUCUAAUUUCCGUUUUCAGAAAACUUUUCAUUAUGAUUCUCACCUCUGGAGCAACAAAAAUACAUACAACAUUGCAGGAGGAAGGACCGGGUUUGAUUCACAAGAGACCAAGUUGCCAACCUACUGGAACACAGCCUUCUCCAAGAUCUGCCUGGGUAUGAAGAUCGGCCACCAAUUACGGUUCGUUACUAUCAACAAGUACGCCACUUCGUUGUACUCUCUGAUCGCUGACGGCCAAUACCGCGCCACCUCACUGGGUCGUAACAAGUGGAAGACGCUGAUUGGUUCACAGGCCUCCUUACAGACCAACUGUAACAAGGAAGGGUUUAAUGCUAUCUGCAGCUCUAAACGAAAUUCUAAAGCAAGAAUUGGUAUCACCAGUAAUGAGGUCAAUGAUUGUGUCGGGUGUGACUCCAGGAUCGGGUUUGGCACUGGGGGAACCCCCGAUAACAGCAAUACAUGUGGGAAUGACGCUGCAUGGUCACCAGACAAUGGAGACAAGCACAUCAAGACUAUGGGUUACAUCUUGGUUCAGUAAUAAAAGCUAAUAAAGCACUGAACUUGUCACAAGCGCUGCCCAUUAUAUAUUAAGAGAUGUCUCGUCUCUAUGUAGAUUGCUAGUUUUUCAGAAGAUAAAAAUCCAUAAGGGCGCAUAAACCCAUUGAUUUUUUUUGUUGUGUGAUCACAAUAAACUGAUAACAAAAGGUAACUGAAGUGAACUUGUCACAGUCAUUCAAAUGAAUAAGUGAUACUUAGUGUACAAGGAGUAAUAUACCGCGUUCUGAAAGCGAAUGUGAAGUAAGGAU